UUUUGGUUAAAGAAUGUGAGAAGUUCGCCAUCAGUAUGUUAUCUACAGAACACUUGGCAGACACUUACCAAAACGCUAAAGUUUUUAAUUCUUCAAAGGUUCUUAAAGCGACUCUAGAUUUUAUCAUUAACAAUUUUGAAAGCUGUAAAGACAAUGAAACUAUUCUCAAACUGGACGAUUUUGAGGUACUUGCCAUUGUUGACAGCCAUGAGCUAAAGGUCUCCACUGAAGAUUUUGUGAUAGAGGCCAUUUUGAAAUGG